AUGGCUGUUGCCAUCAAUGUAGAGCUGUUUGCCUGCCGAGCUCCGACGCGGCCGCGCUCCUCUCUCUCCGCAGACAUCUCCGUAAGCUUGCUGUCCCUGGUGGUCACGGCCUGCGGGCUGGCUCUGUUCGGCGUGUCCCUGUUCGUGUCCUGGAAGCUGUGCUGGAUCCCGUGGCGGGAGCGGGGCCUGCCCUUCGGGAACAAGGACGGCAAGCAGGAGCCGCUGCAGUACGCGGAGGCGGAGGCUGAUGGCCGUGAGUACAGCCAGGAUUUCCUGGGGCAGCCCGCCGCCUUCCCCGAGGCCUCCAUGAAGAUCAGCCACACCUCGCCGGACCUCCCGCUGGACACCCAGGCUGGGGCCGGGGAGAACUGCCUGCCCAAUGUGCGCAUGCAGCGCCAGGUCACCGAGCCCACCUCGUCUGCACGGCACAACUCACUGCGGAGACAGCUCAACCUGUCCAACCCUGACUUCAACAUCCAGCAGGUGCAGAAGCAGGAGCAGCUGACGGGCAUCGGCCGCAUCAAGCCCGAGCUGUACAAGCAGAGAUCGCUGGACACGGACGACGGCCGCAGGAGCAACAGCAAAGCCUGUGGGAAGCUCAACUUCAUCCUCAAGUACGACUGUGACUUGGAGCAGCUGAUUGUGAAGAUCCACAAGGCCGUCAACCUGCCAGCAAAGGACUUCUCUGGGACUUCAGAUCCCUACGUGAAGAUCUAUCUGCUCCCCGACAGGAAAACAAAACACCAGACUAAAGUGCACAGAAAGACCCUAAAUCCAGUGUUUGAUGAGGUUUUUUUAUUUACUGUGCCGUACAAUGAUCUCAACACAAGGAAACUCCAUUUCUCUGUGUAUGACUUUGACAGGUUCUCCAGGCACGACUUGAUUGGCCAAGUGGUAGUGGAUAAUUUUUUAGAUUUGGCAGAUUUUCCCAGGGAAUGUAAUAUUUGGAAGGAUAUUGAAUAUGUCACCAAUGAUAACGUGGAUCUUGGUGACCUUAUGUUUUCGCUCUGCUACCUUCCAACAGCUGGUAGACUAACUAUUACAAUAAUAAAGGCAAGAAAUUUAAAGGCAAUGGAUAUCACAGGAGCAUCAGAUCCCUACGUGAAGGUUUCUUUAAUGUGUGAAGGAAGGCGGCUAAAGAAAAGGAAAACUUCCACCAAGAGGAACACCCUAAAUCCUGUUUACAAUGAAGCCAUAGUCUUUGAUGUCCCUCCAGAAAACAUUGACCAAAUUAACCUGUCCAUAGCUGUUAUGGAUUAUGACCGUGUAGGUCACAAUGAGGUCAUUGGAGUUUGUCAAGUAGGCAACGAUGCAGAGAGUCUAGGUCGAGACCACUGGAACGAAAUGCUCUCGUACCCUCGGAAGCCCAUCGCUCACUGGCAUCCUCUUGUGGAGGGCCCUAUUCAGCAGGAAUGUUAUGCAGGUCUUCUGCGCUUGGAUGGCUGCCGAAGAGGCUUCCUCACCCUUUUAACCUAUUCAGCAGAAAUUUGGCAUUCCUGUUGAACUCUUUCUUAGCCAUAUCCUCAGGGGCUAUUCCACAGAGUCCAGUGGGGAAUCAAGUGGGGGAGGGUGUCCAGCGCAUCCAGGCUGUGCAGAGAAAUAUAUACACAGCAUAUCAUUUUGGUUCC